GCCCGCCCGCCCUCGCUCGCGCGCGCGCGCGCUGGUGGGGCGGAGGGCGGGAGGCAGGGGGCGGGAGCGCGUGCUACAGCCACGCCGGCGGCGCGCGUCCGAGGCGGGCGCAGAGCGGCAGGAACGGCAGCGGUGGAGCCGGCGGGGGAAGCAGCGGCGGCAUCUCUGGCUCGCGCUCUGCCUCCGCCAGCUCGCGCGCACGAGUUCGUAGAUGGGGCUGAGCGGCGCCCGCUGAGGAGGGGACGGGGAGCGGGAGCCGGUGCCAGCCGCAGUCAUGCAGCAGGUUCUGGAUAACCUUACUGAUCUGCCGACAUCAACAGGCGCUGAAGAAAUAGACCUGAUUUUUCUUAAAGGAAUUAUGGAAAACCCUAUUGUAAGAUCACUUGCUAAGGCUCAUGAGCGACUGGAAGAUUCUAAACUUGAGGCUGUCAGUGACAACAACCUGGAGUUGGUGAAUGAAAUUCUUGAAGACAUCAGUCCCUUAGUAAAUAAAGAUGAGAAUAUUGCAGAAUUGGUUGGAAUACUCAAGGAGCCUCAUUUUCAGUCACUCUUGGAAGCACAUGAUAUUGUGGCUUCAAAAUGUUACGAUUCUCCUCCUUCUAGCCCAGAAGUCAAUAAUUCUUCAGUGAACAACCAGAUUGUUCCAGUAGAUGCUAUUCGUAUCCUUGGAAUUCACAAAAGAGCAGGAGAACCACUGGGUGUUACGUUUAGAGUUGAGAACAAUGAUCUGGUAAUAGCACGAAUUCUUCAUGGCGGAAUGAUAGAUCGACAAGGUCUUCUGCACGUAGGUGACAUUAUUAAAGAGGUGAAUGGCCAUGAGGUUGGAAACAAUCCAAAGGAAUUGCAGGAACUGCUGAAAAAUAUUAGUGGCAGUGUCACUCUGAAGAUUCUCCCCAGCUACAGAGAUACUGUUAUUCCUCAACAGGUUUUUGUGAAGUGUCAUUUUGAUUACAAUCCAUAUAAUGACAACCUCAUCCCAUGCAAAGAAGCAGGUCUGAAAUUUUCUAAAGGAGAAAUUCUUCAGAUUGUAAACCGGGAAGAUCCAAAUUGGUGGCAGGCUAGUCAUGUCAAAGAAGGAGGAAGUGCGGGGCUUAUUCCUAGCCAGUUCUUGGAAGAGAAGAGAAAGGCCUUUGUUAGGAGGGACUGGGACAACUCAGGGCCUUUCUGCGGAACGAUAAGCAGCAAAAAAAAGAAAAAAAUGAUGUAUCUCACUACAAGAAAUGCAGAAUUUGAUCGUCAUGAAAUCCAGAUCUAUGAGGAAGUAGCAAAAAUGCCUCCUUUUCAGAGGAAGACACUGGUCUUAAUUGGGGCCCAAGGAGUGGGGCGAAGGAGUUUGAAGAACAGGUUUAUAGUACUGAAUCCUACCAGAUUUGGAACAACAGUGCCAUUUACUUCACGAAAGCCAAGGGAUGAUGAAAAGGAUGGGCAAGCGUACAGAUUUGUGUCACGAGCUGAAAUGGAGAUGGAUAUCAAAGCUGGCAGAUAUUUAGAGCAUGGAGAAUAUGAAGGAAAUCUUUAUGGCACCAAAAUUGAUUCCAUCCUUGAAGUUGUUCAGACAGGAAGGACCUGCAUCUUGGACGUGAAUCCACAGGCCCUGAAAAUAUUGAGGACUUCAGAAUUCAUGCCCUAUGUAGUGUUUAUUGCUGCGCCAGAGUUGGAGACUUUGCGUGCUAUGCACAAGGCUGUGGUAGAUGCUGGAAUUACAACCAAACUUCUCACUGACACCGAUCUGAAAAAAACCGUGGAUGAAAGUGCUCGGAUCCAGAGAGCCUACAACCACUACUUUGAUCUGACCAUUGUAAAUGACAACCUGGACAAAGCCUUCGAGAAGCUCCAGACUGCCAUCGAGAGACUGCGGCUGGAGCCACAGUGGGUCCCAAUUAGCUGGGUAUAUUGAGAUUUCUCAAGAGGAGCUUAAGUAACAAAUAAAAUCAGCUGCAGCAAAUAUGCUAACGUGACGUUGUGUAGAUACCAACGAUAACCUACGGCACCUGUGCAUUUUUACUCUGUGUAUAUUCAACAGUACACUGUUCUGAAUUUUUAUAAAAAAGUUGAAGGGAAAGUGUACUUAAAUAUGUAAUUUAUUUUAAUUUUUCUAACUUUUUACAGAUAACCUUUCUAUUCAUAUCACAUGAAGGAAAUGCGUUUAAGCAUUUUUAUAUGUUUUGAUUUAGUACCUUUGCCUUUUUCAUCUAAGAAACUUUCAGUCAUUCACUUCAACAUUUACGUCUUGGUCUUACAUUUUCACUGUGAUUAAAAAAAGGAUACUUGAAACAAUUUUUGUAAAACUUGUUAACGUCAGUGUUUAACUGGUCAAAAGUCUUAUUAGUCUUAUUAGGAAGGAACACUAAUUUCUUUUGGGGUUUUUUUCUUCCUUAAAAAAAUAAUAAUUUCAUGGGAGCAGAAUUUUCAAUCUUAAAAGCAGCAGCCAACACCCAGCUCCAUUGCUCCGGCUUCUUUCGGCUUAAUGUUGGUGCAUUCUUGAUGUUUCACAAAUUCUUGACGUCGCUUGAUUUAGACGACUGCUGUGUAGGUUCCUCUUGAAACAACGUAAAGCAAUCCCUUGCAAGCUGCUUAUUAGGCUGUUCUUGGGAGCCAACCAGUUCACCCAGUACAGGUGAAGUACUGACGUUAGAGAGCUUGUACGCAAGGUAAUUCAGUGCGAUUUGAAUAACGGUCAAGUAGCCGGAGAGAGAACCUGGUAACACGGAGCCUUGUAGAGUGACGCUUAAUGUUUAGGAGUAUUUAUUCACACCUGCAAAAACACAUUGCUUUAGGAAAAAAAAAAAAGAAAAAAAUGGGGGCGGGCAUUCUCUUUUCUUAGGACAUUGUUUGAUAUUUGUGUAGUGAUCUGUGGCUUAAUUUCCUGUGAAAUCUAGCUGGGUUCUAUAUUAUCUUUUUGGAUAUUUGUGUGUGAUCAACUGCUGUAUUCUUAUGAGUGUGAUGUAAUGGAAUUUCUGUGCUUUUUGUUCUUAAUUGUUUUUAAUUGCAUUUUUUGUUAGAUAGCUUGUGAAUUGGAAGCUUCCUGCUAAAAAGCAGUGUUGUUUAUACGUUUUCGUUUUACGACAUAUUUCCUUUUGUUUAGUGACAAUUCUCCCCUUAGUAGGCUCAUUGAUAUAAUUUGUAUUAGGUUGAAGUUCAUCGAUCAAAACUUACGCUGAUGUAAAUUUCUGCUUAACGAGAACAAAAGGAAAAUAUAGCUCGUCGCUAAGACUAGCUCUUUUUGUGACAAUAUUUGAUAUUACAAUGUCAGCUGUUGUACAUAGGAACAUGCGUCAUCACUUACCAGGUUAGGUGUCUAAACCAAAGUCAUCUAUUUGUUUAAUUCCUCUUCCAUCUGGUGACCGGCACCCGGCUUCCAAAUUCUUUUUCACCACCAAGGUGUGACAUGGAAUGCUAUCAAAAGGCAGCUUCCUCAGAACUAUUUCUGAAGGAAGAGCGGCUUAGGCACUGUAAAACAGUAUUGCUUUGGGGGCUCUUAAAGACUUACAUGUGCACAAGGAAAAGAAAAAUGGAGUUGAUGCAGUAUAGGGAAAAGUGUAAGUCUCAGACAAACCUGUACGCUACAGGUGAUUUUAAAAAUCCUAUAAAGUUAGUUGUUGUGGGGGGAAGGGGGCAGGGAGGGCUUGAGAUCCCAGUGUACGUGGAAAACAUUAGUCGAAACUGUGUAUAGCACAGGUAAUCUUUGUGGCUCUUAAUACUGAGAUUUCAGUCUUGUAGAGGGAGUCUGAAAUUCUCCACGGAAAAUUUGUACCACUACUGUGUUUUAUUGUUAUACUUUUCAGGAUGCGUUUUCUCUGGUUUUGUUUUAAGUUCAGCAGAGCUUUUAAAUGUGGCACCAGCGUGAGACUUUCGUUUUCCUUUCCCAGGAGCCACGUUCUGUGAUCCUGUCGCUCAGAGGCGGCUCUGAGAAAAGGAUGGAGUGUUGUAUGUAGCAGCAAUGAUAGCGGAGCUGUUGCUCGACCAUUUUAAUGAUUUGCUGUUGGCGCUAUAUGCCGAACGUGACUAAACUGUGUUUGUGUACUGUGUAAUAGGAGACCUACACGUGCUGUAAGAUGUGCUGUCCGGACAGAUACGAUGCCUUUUCAUUAAGAGUUAGAAAAUACUCUAUUUGUGAUGCCAAAAGUGGGCUGCGCUCACUCUUCCCUAAUGACUGGAAUGAGAAGAUUCUUCAGUUUCCACACCGUAGUACUUUAUAUUGCACAUAUCACUUAUUUUCAUCUUUUUUUUUUUCCUAUAAAUUUCCUUAAACAAAUGAAACACAUGAAAACUGGGCACCAAGGUUUAGUCGGGAAAACCUCUCUACUCCUUCUGUUUCCAUCCCAGAGAGGAUACUGGCAAAAGAGCCCCCCUAGUUACCAAUCUCCAAAUCGCCGUGUGUUUGCCAAAGCUUCAGCUUUCCCCGCAGGUUCACAGGGAGGGUUUUUAAAUGAAGCGGUUUGCAGGGUGGAGCCUCGUGGCUGGCCGUGUGCCGGGGCCAGUGUAGGUGGGAGUGAGAAGUGCAGUUCUGACGCAGUAAGAGAAGAUGGCUUGCUUAGGUGGUACGCAGAUUUGUGUCAACAUGUCUGCGGGGUUUAAUAGGAUGUCCGCAUUCAGGUUCUAAGGGAAAAAAACCCCGCAAAACAAAACCAGACAGCACAGUCCUUGCAUCUGUUUAUUAAACCUUGAAAAUUGAGAGUUCGGAGUGGCAGGUAUUGAUGAUGGGGGAGAGGGGUUGUUUUGUUUUUGUGGUGGUGGGGUUUGUUUUGUUUUGUUUUUCAGCAAAAUCCAGUUUUCAUCAGAUAUUCUGCUUAGCUUGUCACUAACUGGUAGGAUGACUAAAGUGAGAAUGACUUUUUUUUUUUAAAAGAGCAUUAUUUGAGGUUCUUAGAAUGACAGAGCCAUUUCAGUAUACACACAGGGGUGACUGAUAGUCUCUACCUGUCCGGCUGUGCUCCAUCAGAUGUUCGGUAGAGACCUGUACAUUACGCAAUUAGGGGAGAAAGACACUAUGGACGGCUAGUUUUGAGUGAGUGAAAAUACUUCCGAUAACAGCUGUCGGAAGUAGUUUGGAGGAGUUAAAAUAAGUAGGAUUUUGUGUUUCUCAUUCUGUACUAAACAUUCAUUUUCCAGAUACUAACAGGAAAACUUUUUACAUUGACUGUUAAUGAUAACAAUAGGUGUGUCUGAGCGAGGUGAAGAUGCUGCUAAAUGUUUAAGAUAUGUGGUAUGUAUCACAAGAUAAAUAUGUAAGUAGUUUAGAAAAGUAAAUUAUCAAAUAGUUGUCUGUGUAUAUGUAUGUAUGUGGAUGGUAAAACAAAAAAUGCUCACGUCUGCUAGCUCAUGACUAAGCUACCAUGACUUAAUCCAGAAAUGUACCUGCAUGUGAGACUUUAGAACUGGUACACUUCUCUACCUGGUUUAUUGUGUUUACUAAUGUAUAUUUUUCUAAAUAUACAGAUAUUUCAAUCUAAAAAUUCUAUAUUUAUCUGUAAUUUCUAUCUGUUUUGGAGAGUGCAUGAGGUGCUGUAAAAUUCUGUACAUAUAGAGACUUAUAGAAGAAACACUGUAGUUGCCCUGUGAAUGAAAAGUUAUACAUAGAAGUACGGUCGGUAUGCCGAGAGCCACAAGUUAUUUCCUUAAAUGCACCAAAAAAUUCCCUUAAGUGUGCACCAGUCUCAACUUUAAUGUAAAUACUUUGGUGCGUGUGUACCCAAGUGAUUACCUUGCCGUCUCUAGAUGUUACACUAGCAGGUCUGCUUUAGGCUCUACAUCGUGUGACGACAUGCACUCAAUUAAAGUUUAGUGGGAUAAUUAUAAUGGGGUAUGUCAUCUUGCACAGAUUUAUAAAGGUCUUUAAAAAUGUUCUGCAAAUAUAAAAUGAAGGUAAAAUUGGAGGAGAAUCAAAGACCGACGCAAGUGAGGGAAAUGGAAUUUAUAACCGAUGCAGUAUCCGUAGCUUGUGCUGUGUUCUGCGGCCGGGGCAGCUCUGUGUCCUUGGCCUUACAAAGCCUUGUGGAGCGUGUUGGCAGAUCAGCUCAUCGCUUCUGAAUUUGUGUUUAUAUAAACUGUCACAUCUUGGAUGUGACACUUGGAUGGGACACUUUUUUCCCAAUCCUCUGUAUAGUUCUAACUCAUUGCAUCUUCUAAAAUCGUACCUAAAUGACUUGCUGUACGAAUUGCCUGCAGCUCAGUGUUCAGGAAGUCGUCUGGGUUUGGUUUGGUUUUGAAGAAGGUGACUUAGAUAAGAAACAGGAAACUUUUUUCCUCUUUGAAAUAGAAAAUUCCUGGCUAGGUCCCCUUCAGAGCCAAGCUUGCCUCUGCUGUGCUUAUGGAGCAGGGAGGAGUGAUCAAGUAGAGCAGCGCUCCAGAAAUCGGGUGAUGUGGGUUAUUACCUGUAUUUACGGGAGCUCUUACUGUAAACAUAAACAAAUUCAAACUUCCUUUUCCUAUUCCUUGGUUUCCCACCCGGGCGUUCUUGAUCUUGCUUCUUCAUUCAGACUGAACUUGAGGCAGACGCUGUUCCUCAGUACAGCCAUAGUGCCUACUGCAGUAGAUUCCCCGUCACGCGUUGUGCCUGUAGGUACAGCUUUAAGACCAACUACCGGUGGAGGUCUGGUGCAUCUGUCGUGCGAACAUCUAUAUGGACUGUUUGCUUCAUGCAGGGUUUCUUGCCUCACCCAAAUUCUGAAGAGCUAAAGUACCGUAUUGUUCUUGCCAAACUUCAUGAUACUACUUUUGCAAAAGUGGUGAGAAAUCAAUUUAUCCUCGUCUAGGUAGUGGUUACUGGAUACAAAGACUUGUAGUCUGCUAGGCCUCUUGCCUUAAACUCAUGCCCUCCAGCCGUCAGUCCCUACACAAAACCUCUCCUGGGCCGCUAAAAGGAUUGCUGUAGCUAAAGGUACUUUCAUUUGUGUUCUCUGGUGGACUGUCAUUACUGAAGGUGGUGAAGUCCUGGCCCAAUUUUAUUUAUUUUUUUUUUUUGCUGAAUUUCUCUUUUUUGGUUUUCAUGUGUUUUUAACAAGGUUACCGAUGGGCAUUGUCUGGGAUUCUCAACUGCUGUAACUUACUGUUUUCAGUCCCAAGACAGACACUAAAAAGAGUGAAAACACUUGUACAAUAACCAGUUGUCAGAGGCAGCUUUGGCUUCCAAACAUAUUAAAAGCACACUCAUGUGUGUGCUCACACACGCAGAAGAAUAAAACUUAGGGCUAAGUACCACAGGUAAUUCAGAUGGUAUCUGCUAAUUUACCUGCAUUCUCCACGGUGGGAGAAUUUUAAGAUGUUACACUUUAAUCUCCUGAACACUCGGUGAAGGCUGUUACGCAGUUUCACCUCCAAAUAGAUUUAUUUUUUUCAGCAGGGUCUCAACAAUAUUUGUAUUUUGUAGAAUAAAUUACACUUGAAGUAAAUGUGAAUGUUGUUCUCGAUACUUUUAACCCUUUCCCAUGCUAGCUGGGUAUGGAGUUCCUUUUGCUGCCAAGGCAGUGGUUGGAUGCGCAAUACUUACUGGCCAACCUGCUGGGCUACUGUAGUCAGAAUAAUCCUGGAAACACUUUCUCCCAUUUAUCCUUUUCCUUUUAAUGUCACUAGCUCCAUGGUAAUGCUUGUCCAUGCACGUUUAGCUGUCCUCGUGGCUGAUCCGCUCCGUAAGUAGCCAAGAGUUACAUACAACAUAGUAAAACCUCUUCCAAAAACCCAAGUAACUUCUCUGUUCUUUGACCUCUUACAUGAUACAAACCGCAGAGCAAAAUGAGUGAGGCUGCUCUGUGCAGCUCUGGGGGCAGCAGCAACAUUGUUGCCUGCAAAGAAAAAUAUUUGACUGAUUUUUUUGUUGGUUUAGGUCUUGUACACAAUUAUAUAUGGAGAUAACAGUUGAAAUGCGUUUUAACCCCGUUGAAAAUGCAUGUUGAGCAUUGCAUCCUCACCCCCACGCCCUCAUCAUACAUGGCCUGUGUGUAGCACUUGUGUUCUGUGCUGUAAAAAGGGGGACUGCGCUUCCUUAGGUUUUAAAAUACAGAAAAAUUUGCUGCUCUCCCACACUGGGGUAAGAACUGUAAAAAUCUUGGUUAAGUGUUUGGAUUUCCGUGUGUAUUAGAAGCCUGUCACCGUGCCGUUCCUUACCUUGCUUCUCCUCAAAACUGUUUUUGCCUAUGGGAAGCUCUUGUGUUUUGUUGUUUGGGUUUUUUUUUUCUUCUACAGUGUAUUAAAUUAAACUGGAUUUGGUAUUUGUAAAACUUCAAAAACUGCUCUCCUGUAAAAAAAAAAAUACUCUCUCUUUAGCUGAAAAAAAAAAAAAAAUCUUAACUGUUAGCUAAACUUUCUAGUGUAAACCUGAAGAUGAUUUAGUACCUAAUUGUUGUUUGAAUACAGUACUGUAGAGCAGGCCUAGGAGACGGGACUUGUUAGCAUUCUGACUUCAUACUGAUAAAGUCAGCUAAUACAUAGGACAUUUUUAAAUUGUGACUUGUUUUCUAAAACCCCCAUUGUCUUUUUCACAGCUAAUAUUUUCACAACGAACACAGCCGAACAUAAAAAACGUUAAUGUACAAAUUGUGAAAUUCUGUUAAUU